AUGACGGAUGCAAGAAGUCCAUUACUAACUCCAGAUGUUCCACGUAGAAGUCGUGGAGGUUCCAAUAGCUAUUCCGCAAUAUCUAAUUGGGAAGCCGCUAAAAUUGACAUGAAAUAUGUUCUAUAUUCAUCUCCAUUAAAUAUUCUAUUACUUUUUGUUCCAUUGGGUUUAAUUUGGGGAUAUUUCGAAUUAUCGCAUACAUAUGUGUUCAUUUUCAAUUUCUUAGCAAUCAUUCCAUUGGCUGCUAUUCUGGCCUAUGCUACAGAGGAAUUGGCUGAUAAAGCUGGUAGUACCGUGGGAGGUUUAUUGAAUGCAACCUUCGGUAAUGCUGUUGAAUUGAUUGUUUCCAUUAUCGCAUUGAAAGAGGGCCAAGUAAGAAUCGUUCAAGCUUCCAUGUUAGGUAGUUUGUUAUCUAAUUUGCUUUUAGUGCUUGGGUUCUGUUUUGUCUUUGGUGGAUAUAAUAGAAUACAACAAAAGUUCAAUCAAACUGCCGCUCAAACCAUGUCAUCUUUAUUAGCCAUUUCUUGUGCUUCGUUAUUGAUUCCAGCUGCUUUUAAGGCAACAUUGCCAGAGGGUAAGGAAGAUUGGAUUGUUAAUGAAAAGAUUUUAGAAUUAUCUAGAGGUACUUCCAUUAUAUUACUAUUGGUUUAUGUUUUUUUCUUAGCUUUCCAAUUAGGUAGUCAUCACGAUUUAUUUGAAGAACAAAUGGAAGAAACAGAUGAAGUGUUGAGUCAAUAUAGUUCAAAGCCAGAACAUACUUUAUCAAUAAGGUCAUCAUUAUUGUUUCUAUUAGGUGCCACUGUUGUAAUUUCAAUUUGUGCCGACUAUCUAGUUGGGACCAUUGACAAUAUAGUUGAAUCUACAGGUUUAUCAAAGACAUUUAUUGGUUUAAUUGUUAUCCCAAUUGUUGGUAAUGCUGCAGAACAUGUUACUUCGGUAUUGGUAGCAAUGAAAGAUAAAAUGGAUUUAGCCUUAAGUGUUGCCAUUGGAUCCUCUUUACAGAUUUCUUUAUUUGUUACACCUUUUAUGGUUUUAGUUGGGUGGAUGAUUGAUGUCCCAAUGACAUUAAAUUUCUCCACCUUCGAAACUGCGACUUUAUUCAUUGCUGUGUUUUUAUCUAAUUAUUUGAUUUUGGAUGGUGAAUCAAACUGGUUAGAAGGUGUUAUGUCAUUAUCGAUGUACUUGUUGAUUGCAUUAGCCUUCUUCUACUAUCCUGAUGUUGAUACAUUCGGUAAGAGUUAG